AUGUCGACAACAAGCAAACGAGGCUUCCUCCCGCGCGAGGGCCUUUACAUCGACCCCAUCAUAACUGGUCUACGGCGAUCCAUCCUCCAUCCGAUCUUCACAGUAUCCCUGCUACACUUACUGCGCUACCGCACAUUCACCUCCCUCGCUGCAUACGAGAGCAUCGUGCAAUUCACCGCAGCGGCCAGUGUUCUCUUGUGGCUGAAUGACUGGUUAAGCACCCAGAGCGCGAACAACUGGGUGACUGAUGAGUCCUGGGACUGGAAGAAAGAGCUGGUCGUGGUGACUGGCGGGAGUGGUGGGAUUGGCGCCGGCGUCGCACAGCGUCUGGCUGCUCGGGGGGCACGAGUUGUUGUCGUGGAUAUUAUUCCGCUGACAUAUAAAGCUGAGACCAACCGCAUCAUCUACCACAAAUGCGACCUGAGCGACGAGAAGGAAAUCGCAGCCGUGUGCGAGAAGAUCAGAUCAGAAGUCGGGGAUCCCACAGUUCUACUCAACAACGCUGGGCUCUCGCGCGGACGGACCAUAGCCGAGGGCACGUACGCCGACAACAGCAUCACCCUCAAAACGAACCUGCUCGCCCCGUUUCUCCUGACCAAGGAAUUCCUCCCCGCCAUGAUCCGGCGGAACCACGGACACAUUUUCAACGUCGGCUCGAUGAGCGCGUAUAUACCGCCGCCCGGCCUCGCAGAUUACGCCGCGUCCAAGGCUGGACUGAUUGCGUUCCACGAGUGCCUCGCACAAGAACUCCGAGCCCAGAACGCGCCCAAGGUCCGCACCUCGCUCGCCGUCCUGAGUUUCACAAAGACACCCCUGUUCAAAGGCGAGACGAACCAGUCUCAUUUCCUCAUGCCGCUUUUGCACGUCGACACCGUCGUCGAUGCCAUUGUGGAUAUCCUCGACAGCGGCCUGAGCCAGACGGUUUUCCUCCCCGGGAUAUUCCGCUACUUGGCUGGAUUGCGCGGAGCGCCGGGUUGGGUCCAGGAUUUGGUACGUGGGGGGACGAAAUCUCUCAAGGUGGACUUUAAAGGGCGGCAGAAGAUUGACCCCCAGACAGGGAAACUUGUCUAG